UAGCCGAGCAAUAUAGGAUUGGUGCCUGUUGCCAGGGGUUUGACUGUCUGCUGCAAAGGUAGUUUGUAUGAUAUUUGGAAGAGAAGAAUGAUAUCAGAAUGAUUUCUGCGAGAAGGGUGGCAGAAAAAUAUCCGUUGCAUUAUUUGGUUUGGCAUAAUAAAUACAAGGAGCUGGAAAAGGAACUUAGCACCAAGCAGGUUGACAUUGAACAGCUUGACCCACGAGGUCGGACUUCAUUGCACCUUGCGGUCACGCUUGGAUACCUGGAGUGCACAAGAGUUUUGCUAAAGCAUGGCGCUGAUGUUAGUAAAGAGAAUCGUAAUGGAUGGACAGGUCUCCAGGAGGCUAUAAGUACAGGGGACCUGGAGCUGGUGCAACUUGUUCUUCGAUAUCGCGAUUACCAAAGAUCUAUUAAACGACUGUCAGGGAUCCCAUGCCUAUUAGAAAAACUCCGUCAGGCACAAGACUUUUAUGUUGAAAUGAAAUGGGAGUUUACAAGCUGGGUGCCCCUAGUCUCCAAAAUCUGCCCAAGUGACACUUACAGGGUUUGGAAAAGUGGACAGAAUCUGCGGGUUGACACGACACUGCUCGGCUUUGAUCACAUGACCUGGCAGCGGGGGAGCCGCAGCUUUGUCUUCAGAGGACAAGACAACUGCGCAGUUGUAAUGGAGAUUGACCAUGAUCGUCAAAUGGUAUAUUCAGAAACUCUGUCACUGGCUAAUUUUGACCGUGACAUGCUGUUGGCUGCCAUGCAGCCCUCAGAAGAGCAGGUGGCGAGUCGUCUCACCACUCCCAUCGUUACCACCCAACUAGAUACCAAGAACAUCUCAUUUGAAAGAAAUAAAUCUGGAAUCCUGGGUUGGAGGAGUGAGAAGACUGAGAUAAUUAACGGAUAUGAGUCCAAGGUUUAUGGAGCUUCAAAUGUGGAACUAGUUACUAGGACAAGAACAGAGCACCUCUCGGACCAGAACAAGAGUAAAAGCAAAGGGCACCGACGACACAAACCCGUUUCACCAGCGUCCACUCUGUUGGUCCACCAACGAGUUACCCCAUCGAGCAGCCAGAAGAUCAGAAGCAGUAAAACGCCUCUCCAGUCCUUCCUGGGCAUUGCAGAGCAACAUGUUGGACCACACAAUGGGGCAUUCAUUACUCAGACAUUCAGCAAUACAAACCCAACAUCUAUUACUCCAGAGGAGUACUUCAACUCGAACUUUGAGCUGGGAAGCCGAGAUAUUGGACGCCCCAUGGAGCUCACCACAAAAACACAGAAGUUUAAAGCAAAACUCUGGCUGUGUGAGGACCACCCACUGUCCCUCUCUGAGCAGGUAGCUCCCAUCAUUGACCUCAUGGCAAUAAGCAACGCACUUUUUGCUAAACUUAGGGACUUCAUCACUCUACGGCUCCCACCAGGAUUUCCAGUCAAAAUAGAAAUUCCAAUUUUUCACAUCCUGAAUGCUCGAAUCACCUUUGUGAAUCUGAAUGGCAGCGAUGAACCAGUGAAUUCCAUCAGGAACAGUCCUACCAGUGAGGCCCCAUCUCCCAGCAGUGAUACGUCCAGUGUGAGCAGCUCCAGCUCCAUGACUUCGUGUCGUGGCUGUGAUAUGGACCCGGCGCUCUUUGAAGUGCCCAGAGGCUACACUGUAGUUGGCAGCAACCGGGAUUCCUUGCGGGAGGAGGAUGACGACCUUUUGCAGUUUGCUAUUCAGCAGAGUUUGCUGGAAGCAGGCACUGAAUAUGAUCAGGUGACCAUCUGGGAAGCAUUGACAAACAGCAAGCCAGGAACACGCCCGAUGACCUGUGAGGAUAGGAAAGGAGAAAGAACACCACAACACAACAUCCUCAGUCAGCCCAGCACCCAGCACAUACCCAGCAACCAACUGUACCCCAACUAUGAUGAGCAGCUGCGACUGGCUAUGGAACUCUCUACAAAGGAGCAAGAGGAAGUAGAGAAACGUAAAAGGCAGGAGGAGGAGGAACUGGAACGCAUUAUUCAACUUUCACUCACUGAGAAAUAAUAUCACCACUCAAACGUUCUUUCACAACAGAAUUUUUUUUUCGAUAUAAAAGUUAAAAGUAAAAGACAAUAUGUAAGGUCACCAGUCCAUGCAUUACUAUUGGGCAUGAAAGAGUGUCAACAGUAAAUCAGAAUGCAAGGCUGAUUUAAAGCCACAUGAUUGUGCAUUGAAAGUGCACCAUUGAAAAAUACCUGAACAGCCCAUACUUUAUUCUACUGUCUUUCACAUAACUCUUGCACUUGGCUCAAGAAUAAUAGUAACCACAGGUUCCUUUGUUUCCAAUAUUGAUUGGUAGAUGCUGACAGCUAAAUUUUCUCUCAGUGAAAAAAGGCAAGUAGAUUCUUGGUUACUUAAAUUUGAGUUGUUACAGGGAACUGGCCUACUAUAUUGGAAUAUUGUUCUUUCACCUCUAGGGCUUAGAAUUGAGCUGAACUCAUAAAAAGCUUUAAGAUCCCCUCUAUCUCACUCGCCAGUUAAUAAGAGUCUCUAAUAAAACAAUAGGUAGUCUGAAUCCAAUUUCCAGCAGCUACAUACAAAACUGUAUAGCACAUUUUCUGCCAAGGAAACUCUCAGAUGUGAUAGGAAAUGCUACAGUGGUGCAGUAGAGGAGGAUGCUACUGUGGUUGGCAUUCAUGCACAUUAUCAGGAUAGUAUAGAAUCUGUGUACUACACAUCAUACUGGGAAGACCUGAUUGAAAACAGCUUUAUGUAACUGUUGGUUAUAAAGUGGACCAUAUCUUAAUUUAUAUUAACACUAAAGCAGUGAGUUCAAAGUCCUAUGUAGACCACUGGACCAAUGAACCUUUUAAGAACUAGAUUUAUAUCAGAUUUGAAGAGGAAUGUCCAGCCUAUUAUGUUAGCCAUGCCUUGAUUCAGUGAACAAUAACUUAGGCUUUCCAGCAUUGACAAACCAGAAAGUAAUAGACUUGCUUGGAAUGGUUACGUGCUGUAGGGGUAAAUUACUGAACCUGUGCUGCAGAGAGAAAUUGGUUUCCAUAAGUCACUGAUGAUAAAAUGAACCAAAUAUUAAAACAUCUUAGCUCCAACACUACAAAUAUCAAUUUUCAUAAUAAUUUAGGUUAAAUGUUCCAUAAUUCUAUUCUUUAAUUCUAAAUUUCUAAAUUUACAUACCGAAGCCUCCAGAUUGUAUUGCGCACGAUGAGCAGAUGUAAGAUUUUUUUUUUCAGCCACCUUUGCUGCUCAUGUUGGUUUUCCUAAUUGUUGGAACAUAUGUUCCUGUUGUGGCAUCUGAUCUACUGCACAAAUAGACACUAACUAUAUUAACACUAAAACGUAAACUAUUCCUGCUGAUCAUCAGAUCUCAUCCAGCAAUAUUGAUUCUUCAUUCUCAAAGAAGCAUUUAGAGGCAUGGUGCCAUGUAGCUUUCAUAGUGGUGAGUUCAUUCGCACCUCAGAAGGUCACUGAGUAUCAGACCUGGCUUUGACUGACACUUUGGCCUCAGCAGUUCUUGGCAGGGCCACUAGAUGAUUUUGUUAACAGCAAAGGAACAUGGUAUCUGAAAAGUGUGGUUUUGCUAGCUAAUCACAACUUUGCUCAUUAGGAAAAUGCUGAGAGCUGUAUUGUCAGCUCUGCAGACUGAGUGAAUCUAUGGGAAUAAUACACAGCAACAGAAAGUAAAAGAGGACAGGAAAGCAGUUGGUCUUAUCCGUUGGAGAUUUUUUGAAUCUUCCCAUUUGACGGAUGACACAAAGCUAGGCGGCAUUGUAAGCAGUGUGACAUCAAAUUACAAAAAGAGAUAAUAGAUUGAGUGAACGGACAGAACUGUGGUAAAUGGAUUUUCACUCAGGCAAACCUAAGGUCACCCGCUUUGGACCUAAAAGGAAUAGAACACAAUAGUUUCUAAACACUGAAAAGCUAGAAACAGUGGAGGUUCAAAGAGACUUUAGGGCCCAGUUACAUGGGAUCUUUUAAUAUUUCAAAAACAGGUAGACAAAAUAAUCAUAAAGGCUCAUUGCUUGCUGACCUUUAUAACUAGAGGAAUAGAAUACAAGGAUUAGAAGUCAUGUUUCAGCCAUGCAAAGCCCUGAUUAAACCAGACCUAGAGUACUGUGCACAGCUCUCCACAGGGCACCUUAGGAAGGAUAGAUUGUCCAUGGAGGGAGUGCAGCAUAGAUUUACCAGAAUGAUAGUUGGUCUCCAAGGGGUAAAUUAUGAGGAAAAAUUAUGCAAAUUAGCAUUGUAUUCGCUAGAAUUUAGAAGGUUCAGGGGUGAUUUUAUCAAAGUUUUCAAGAUAUUAAGAGGAAUAGAUAGGAUGGACUAUAGAGAAACUAUUUCUGCAGUUUGUGGCAUCUAGGACUCAGGAGUAUAGUCAAAACAGUAGAGCCAGAUCUUUUAGGAUUGAAAUUAAGAAACACUUUUCACACAUGGAGUGGUAUAAGUUUGGAACUCUCUUCUGCAAUUGGUAAUUGAUGCUGGAUCAAUUGUUAAUUUUAAAACAGAGGUUGACAGAUUUUUUUUAGCCAAAGAUAUCAAGGGAGACGGGGCAAAGGUGGAUAUAUGGAGUUAUGGUGCAGAGUAGUCAUGGUCUCAUUGAAUGAUGGAUCAAACUUAGGGAGCUAAAUAGCCUACUCCAGCUCAUAUUCCUGUGUCUCUUUGAAUAUUAUCGUAUAGUUCUGGAACAUGUUGUCAACUAAAUAGAGAACAAUGGAUGAACAUUUCAUUGAGGGAGCUCAGAUAAUAUAAAAUAUAAGAAUAAAUAUCAUAGUUUAUUUUGUCAUUUGAACUCACCAUGCACUAUUAUUUUUAUAGUACAUUUAUUGCAGUGUUAUUUUAACCAUCAGAAUAAGGAGUCUUAUCUAGAGUUGCUAUGAAGGAUGUGUUAUUUUUUAGCAAUGGAUGCCAUGGGUGACACAGAAUGUUCAAUCUGUUAAUGCAUGAUAAAAUCCUCUGUGAAAAGUUAAAUUAAUGAUGAUAUCACUGCAAGAUUCAAAGAGUUUAAUCAACCAGUGGUGUGCUGACUGUGGCAUCGAGUGACUGGCACCUCCCAAUAAUAAACUUCUAAAUACGCAUCAUAAGGUUGCAGUGAUCGAAUCAUAACUAACAAGGAUGUGAACACUUUUAUCAGUGACCGUUGAUGCACUGCCCAUCAACAUCUGCAUGACACCUGGACUGCAAGAAAAUGACCCAGUUGGAAUAAAUGCUCAAUGGAAGUG